AUGAGCACUUCGAACAAACAACUUCAAUUUUCCCCUUCGUCUCCUUGUCCUCCAUCCUCUGAUCUUAAAGAUCUUUUAGUAGCUCGCGCUCGUAUCCACCCUCAUUUUAACCAAACUUAUUUAAAAUCUUUGCACUCACCUGGUUCAGAGAGCGUUCAAUUACCUCCUAGCCCAAAUCCAACUAUAAAACCUUCCACUCCUUCAUCUACGGUUAAAGUUGAUUCGACUAACAUCUUACAGACUCCUACUUCUAUUGCAAUUACUGAAGGUAGUCAAUAUUCACCCUCCGUUCUCAACGUUGAUCCUGACUCAGAGACUUUACAAGAUAUCCAAUCUGAACGUCUUAGUAUCACUUCAGAUUCUCCUGAUUCAUCUUACUCGCCUAUAAUCCUCAAGGCUCGUCGUACAAUUGCUGUUGACGUGUCGAAAACAUUGGAUAAUUUGGAUCAAGAAAAUAUCGCGACUAACGAAGGUUGUAACACAAAACCCUCCGAAGUUCACUCGCCGAAAUCAUUACAGGAAUUUUUAAUCUCUGGUGGAUCUCCUCGUCCAAUCAGUACCGCUCAAGAUAUGUCCACUGAACUGAGUCCGAUGAAGACCUUUCUGGGACCAAAACUUACUCGACAUGGUGAUGCUCCUUGGAGUGAGACUUCGACGGGCGAGGAAGAUUCUAACGAGAGUGGUAGUCAACUAGAUCAUAAUAAUAUUCUUCCUCGUACUUCUCCAAGUCCUUCUUUGCGUCAGAUUCCAUUUGCUCUCUCACAUGUCUUAACGGGUGGCGCUCGGAGAAAUGGUAGUAGAGCUCGUCAAGCUACUGAUGUGGUACUUUUUGAUAUCGUCGAUCCACCUGUUCCGAAAGCCACAGAAACUACAUCAUCCUCUACCGAUAGCACUAAAAAUGAGGAUCUCAAUACUUCAUCCUCUACCUUGGGUCUAUCUAGAACUCCCAGUGAAAGUUCAAAUAGUAUAACUCAUACCAGUACAUCCGCCGCCACACCUAGUACCAGCUGGUCAAGUCUUCCGUCCGCAACAGGAAACUCUCAAACUGCCAAGCUCGUUGAACAAUCUACCGGUCGACCUGCUCAGCCUCCAAUGAAUAAAUCAGCCCUUAGUUCCUCAGCACCUGCUCCAACCGCACUACCCACUUUACCGUUGGCAGGACCGUCUUCAGACUCACGUCGAUCACAGUCUGUUGAACCUGACUCCUCCGCUACUCGAUCUCAAGACCGAUCCCUCUCAUCUCUAGAGAAUUUCCCGGUGGAUGCAGCAUUCAAUUACCCUGAAUUGGCACCUAGAUCAGUAACUCCCUCUAGUCUAUCUGGUAAAAUGCUCAAGAAGAAGAAAAGUGCUGGUUUCUUACGGUCACUCAAGAAGGCAGUCGGAUCAGUAACUCAUGACGAAGUUCGAUCAGUCUCUGGUCCAGUAGGACAAGUGAUUCGGAAUGGUGGAGCAGAUCCUAUGCCAGCUGCUAGACCUUUACCUUCUGGUCUACCAUCUGCACCUCUCCCACGUACUCGUAACAAAUCAUUUGGAGGAAAACUUGCGGCAUUUGCAGUACAACAACAACAACCCAACUCGAAUAAUAACGCGGUUGAACAAUUAGCUGUACCACUUCCAACUAAUUUACAUUCAAGAAGAAAUCAAUUAAAUCCAUUACAACAUCAGACAUUGAAUUUAAGACCGAUCUCUAUGGCAUUUUCGGCCGGAUUUUCAGCCGAUUUAUUACUUCAAUCAUCUGAGUUGCAAGAAAAUCAAUUUUCACCUUCAUUAUUUAAGUGUGAUUCAUCUUCUGGUGAUUCUGAUAUAAGUACCUUACCUUCGCCUAUUCAAACAUUAUCUUCGAUGUCAAACUCGAUACCACCUAAAUCUAAUCAUUCAAAUAAAUCUACCGGUUCCAAGAAGAAUAAACAAGAUGAAGUAAACCAACUUGAAGUACAAGUGAAAACGUUGAAGGAUGAAAUCGCUUCACUUAAAGCUGAACGUGAGAAUUACUUGCAUAUUUCUCUUCAUAAUGAAAGUAGCGAUCAAGAUUCAAAGUGCGAAAAGUGCGGUUGUAGUGGUCGUUGUUCAGCUGCUAAGGUAUCUGUUUUAGAUAGACCUAGGAUCAAAGGUUCUAUUGGUGCUCCUUUAUUAUUUACAAGUGGUAGAGAUUAUUCGUAA